AUGGAGGAACUUCAGAAGAAGCAGCCUCAUGCAAUAAUAAUAUCAUACCCUCUACAAGGUCAUGUAAUCCCAACCGUCCAUCUGGCCAUGAAGCUUGCAUCAAAGGGCUUCACAAUCACCUUCGUCAACGUUGAAUCCACCCAUCACAAGAUAUGCAAAGCCCAACCACAUGCCGCAGCCGGAGACGACCUCUUCGCCGGAGCCCGUGAAUCCGGUCUGGACAUCCGUUAUGUCACUGUCAGCGACGGUCUGCCUCUGGAGUUCGACCGAUCCAUCAACUUAAAUGAGGUACUGGAGGCUUACCUCCAUCUCUUCCCCGCCAUGGUAGAUGAACUUGUCGGGAAAAUAGUCCGGACAGCGGACCCGGCUCUGAAUUGCCUGAUCGCCGACACGUUCUACGCUUGGCAGUCGACGAUUGCAAACAAGUAUAAGCUCGUCCAUGUUUCGUUCUGGACUGAACCAGCUUUGGUCUUCACUCUCUACUAUUACUUGGAGUUUUUAAGGAGUAAUGGUCAUUUUGCUUCUUCUCAAGGUAAUCGCAAGGACGCCAUAGAUUACAUACCCGGAGUUGAGUCUAUCCAACCAACGGACCUGAUGUCAUAUCUUCAAGAUACAGACACGUCAACCACGUUUCACCAGAUCAUCUUCAAGGCUUUUGAUGGCGUCAAGAGAGCGGAUUUUAUUCUCUGUAACACUGUACAUGAGCUCGAAUCAGAAACAAUCUUAGCCCUCAAUCAAAAGCAACCUACUUUCGCAAUUGGGCCCAUUUUCCCCUCUGGCUUCACAAAGAGCAUUGUGCCCACGAGCCUUUGGUCCAAAUCAGACUGCACCCAGUGGCUCAGCACCAAGCCCACUGGGUCAGUUUUAUAUGUUUCAUUUGGUAGCUUGGUCAAUGUUAGUAAAGAGACCAUAAUGGAGCUAGCUCAUGGUCUUUGGCUUAGUGGAGUGAGUUUUAUUUGGGUGCUUCGCCAGGACAUUGUAAGUUCUGUGGAGACCUUUUCCCUACCAGUUGGAUUUGAAGAGGGUGUCAAAGAUAAAGGGUUGAUCGUGACGUGGUGCUCUCAGAUUGAUGUGAUUUCGCAUCCGUCCAUCGGAGUCUUAACUCAUUGUGGAUGGAACUCAGUACUGGAGAGUGUAUGGUGUACUGUUCCAUUGCUUUGUUUCCCUUUACACACUGAUCAAUUCACUAAUCGAAAAUUAGUUGUCGACUAUUGGAGGAUCGGGAUCAAUCUAUGUGAUGAGAAAUCAAUCACUCGAAGAGAAGUUGCAGAAAAGAUCAAUCGUCUGAUGAAUGAAAAAUCAGCUGAUGAAUUGAGAAAUGAGAUUAAGAAGGUAAAAAGAAUAUUGGGAAAUGCUUUAAUCAGUUCAUCAUGGAUCUUGAAGUCGUAA